AUGCGUUUGGCGGUUUACCACUACCUGCAUUAUUUAAUGUCACAGAUUAAAAUUGCGCCCGAAUUGUUUAGUGAGGCUGCAUACAAGACUGCUCGAAAAGAAGUGCAUGUGUUCUUGAAGGUCAUCGAAGGUUUGAUGCGCCUUGAGUUGAAAGAAAACGCUUCUGAAAUUGAUGUGAUUGCAGUCAUGAAGACUAGGCAAGCCAUAAGGAUGAUGAGCUUUCAAUUGCAAGAAACUCUGAACACUCUCAAAGCAGAAGGCUUUAUGCCACCAGAUGCCAAGGAAAAAUGGAGUGAGGUAGUGUCCGAAUUGCAUGAUAGAGGCGACGGAAUUUUGUGGAUACCACAAAUUGCAUUCCUGGAUUGGCUGGAAUGUGUCAAAUGGAUAGCGCCUUUACGAGCCAGUGGUAAACAAAAGAUUAUUGAGCUACUGAGUGAAACUCUAAGCCACUCAGUGGUCCGUAAACUCAACUGUGGCGUUCGAAUUCACACUGAUGGUAAAACUAUGUGGUUCCUGAAGAAAGGAGUUUGCAAAAUAACCGAAUGGGUGCCCUAUCAAGUAAAUCGUCAUCAUGAAGUCCACGCUGGCGAAGGAGAAUUUAUAGCGGAAAGAAAUAUUCUAAAAUAUCGAUGGAAAGGCAAAAAGCUACCGCUUACAUGGCCGAGGAGAAGAUAUGAAACCACCACAUACUGCGAGAUGAUUGAGAUAAGCGAAGAAAUCAUCGGGAAGAUGCUGAAAAUAGAACCGUCAAUCUACACAAUUAUCAACAACAAUGUUCAAGCUGAUAGAUUGAUUACAGAGCUGCGACACAUUCACAAAGAACACGAUAUUGUCACCGAAUCAUUUUGGAGCACUUUUGCAAGAUGUGGUAAGUCACUGUCAAAAGCCGAAAAGCUGACCGUACCUGAAGGGCGACAGGGAAUUGUUGGGUGUUGGACACAAAUCACAUUGAUUGCUCCUCGAAAAGCACUCAAUAAUGAUCUGUAUAUUCGAGGACCAGCAACUUUAUGGUUGGAACCAGCAGAUAAAAGAGGGGCAGGAAUGGUUUUCUUUGAUAAGCUUCGAUACGAGAACAACGAUAAUCGCCAGGAAGAAAUAAGUUCUUGCAUUUCCUUCAUACGUGAGGGCCCCGAAAAGAAACUGCUUGCAUUUUCGGUGGAGGAAUAAGCUUUGUCAUGUACAUCAAUGUCCAAAAAGAAGAGUACCAAAUCC